GUCUCUCGCCUCCUUGGGCGGCUUCCGGCGCUGCUGUAUCCUGCUGGUGGUCGCACAUCAUGGACCGCAAUCCUUCGCCUCCGCCGCCGAGUCGGGACCAGGACGAGGAGGUGGUGGCCGGCGGAGACUGCAUAGGGAGCACGGUCUACAGCAAGCACUGGCUCUUUGGCGUCCUCAGCGGGCUUAUUCAGAUUGUUAGCCCUGAAAACACCAAAUCCAGCUCAGAUGAUGAGGAGCAGCAGGUGGAGCUUGAUGAAGAAAUGGAGAAUGAAAUUUGCAGAGUAUGGGAUAUGUCAAUGGAUGAGGAUGUGGCUUUAUUUCUCCAAGAAUUUAAUGCUCCUGACAUAUUUCUGGGAGUGCUGGCCAAAUCCAAGUGUCCUCGAUUAAGAGAAAUUUGUGUGGGAAUUUUAGGUAAUAUGGCCUGUUUCCAGGAGAUAUGUGUGUCCAUCAGCAGUGAUAAAAAUCUUGGCCAGGUAUUAUUGCACUGUUUGUAUGAUUCAGACCCUCCAACUCUGCUGGAAACAAGCAGGUUGUUGCUUACUUGCAUUUCCCAGACAGAAGUGGCCAAUGUCUGGGUGGAAAGAAUCCGGGAACACCCAGCUAUUUACGAUAGCAUUUGCUUCAUCAUGUCAAGUUCAACAAAUGUUGACUUGCUGGUGAAGGUGGGGGAGGUUGUGGACAAGCUCUUUGAUUUGGAUGAGAAGCUAAUGUUGGAGUGGAUUGGAAAUGGAGCUGUUCAGCCUUUGGACCAACCCCAGGAAGAGUCCGAAGAGCAGCAAGUGUUUAGAAUUGUGCCCUGUGUACUUGAAGCUGCCAAACAAGUACGUUCUGAAAAUCUGGAAGGGCUUGAUGCUUACAUGCAUAUCUUACAGCUGCUUACCACAGUGGAUGAUGGAAUUCAAGCUAUUGUACAGUGUUCUGAUACUGGAAAAGACACUUGGAAUUUACUUUUUGACUUGGUCUGCCAUGAAUUCUGCCAGCCUGAUGAUCCACCCAUUAUACUUCAAGAACAGAAAACAGUGCUAGCCUCCAUUUUCUCAGUGUUGUCUGCUAUCUAUGCUUCACAAUCAGAACAGGAGUAUCUAAAGAUAGAAAAUGUAGAUCUUCCUCUAAUUGAUAGCCUGAUUCGUGUCUUACAAAAUGUGGAACAAUGUCAGAAGAAACCAGAGAACUCAGCAGAGUCGAAUGAAGAAGAAACUAAAAAGUCUGAUUUAACCCAAGAUGAUUUCCACUUAAAAAUCUUAAAGGAUAUUUCGUGUGAAUUUCUUUCUAAUAUUUUUCAAGUAUUAACAAAGGACAUUGUGGCUAAAGGACUAAAGGAGGGCCAGUUAAACAAGCAGAAAUGUUGCUGUGCAUUUCAUAAUCUUCUUCCUUUCUAUAGCCCUGUGGUAGAAGACUUUCUCAGAAUCCUACAUGAAGUUGAUAAGACCCUUGCUCGUAACCUGGAAGAAAGCUUCCCAAGUUUAAAGGUUCAGACUUAAAAAGUGAAUUGUAAUUUCCUCUGCCGAAAAAAUAAACUUUUUUUUUUCUUUUUUUUUUUUUUACUGACAGUUACAGUUGACAUAUAAGAAAUAUUAGUUAAAGUCUACAUAAGAGCAUACUUGUACGGUGAUAUAGUCGUGCCCUUCUACCUCCCCCAGCCUUAUCUCACUUUUGUUUGUCUUUGGAAUCAGUUGUUUCACCACUACCACAUACCCGUCCUUUUUCUUUUUUUUGUAUUGUUUUUGUGGUAUUUGUUGUCUUCAAGUAAGGAAAACAAAAAUAUAAGCUUAUUAUUAAGGUUCUCUUUAAAAUAUUUGAAGUGUUGGUGAGGAUAUUUUUCAUAACUCUUAAUUUGAUUUUUACGUGAGAAUUUUAUAUUUGUAUCCACUAUAAGCAUACUAGCUGCACUAAUGGAAAACCUUACUAUAAUAGCUUAAUUUGAUAGCUUUUAUGUGUCUUAUGCAAUAAAAAGCCCAGAGGUAGGCGGUCCAGACCUGGUAAGGUGGCGUAGGGACCCUGGCUCCUUUCACUUCCACAUGGUCUACCAUGUAGACCUUUGUGUUUAUGUUUAUUGUCUUGUGGUUAAGGGAACUGUAAUAUCUCUGGUCUUUUAAUCCACAUUCAGGGAGGAAAAAGGAGAAAGAGGCAAAGGGGCUUUCUCCUAGUAAGUCUUUACCUUUUUAUUGGGAAGGACAGCCCUCCCUGGCUGUUAUUUGAAAUAGAGUACUAUACUUUUUUCUUUCUAGCCUUUAUAGGAGAUAAAAACGAGAGAAGAGAGAUGUGAAUGGCUUUUGGACAGCCAAUCCAUAGUGUUUGCCACAAUGCAAACAUAUCUUAGCCAUUUUGUGAUGGUUAAUUGUGUUGACUCCACAGAUUGUCAGUAACUCAAAAGCAGUUAUUGUAGCUUUGUUACAGUUCAGUUUUUUUCAAUGUUUGUAUGAAGAUAGAACCACUAACAAUUUGAUGAAAGCAUGUUGGCCAAAUUUUCUAUUUUCAGUAUAAUUCCAGCAGUUGUAUUUUAGUAAAUGAUUUUGCUUGAGUGAAUUCAGAUUUUUAAAAUUAAGACUGAGGUAGUUUUAUAACUUCUGUUUGUUUAUAAACUGUUUGUAUCUGAUUUCCCUUUCAUAUUUUUAUCAUUCUUUAUAGUGCUUCCUAAUGAAAUAAAUUCAGAAAAUCAACCAAGUACACUUA